CGUCACAUUAUUCUUUUAUACAGCGACUCAAAAAAUGUGAAUCUUUUUUUUUUUCUUUUUUUGUGGCAAAAUUGAUAAUGAGUGAAAAAGCUUAUUUUACGAAUAUCGAACCUUUAAAGUCUCAUAGUGAUUUAAAUUAUCUUGAUUUAGAUCAACAUGAAAAAAUUUGGAAGUCUAUUAUUGACUCGCACUCUUUUAACCAAACAGUAAUAAAGUUAUAAAUGUAUUUUAAUCGAUGAACGAUGAACUAACAAGAUCUAUAUCUAUAUUGAUAAGCUUACUCUGUUUUUGCCUUCACUUAGUAAUAAUAUAGCAGCAGAACAUUUCAACAUUAGUUUUGGAAAUUAUUAUGAAAUAGAAGCUCCUUUACGAAUCAUUCUUGAUCCUGACUUUUUCAAAAGUAUAUUAAAUCAGAACAAUAUAAUUUAAUAAUGCAUAGUCUUGAUACAAACUUAAAUUCAGAUGAUGUUGUUGUUUUAACAUCUCAAGGUGAAUUAAUUUUCAGCUUGAUCAAAAAUACUUUUGAAACCUUUGGUAUAGAAGCCUUAACACGCACAAAGGCUGAUAUUAAACACGAUAAGCACAUUAUCAAGAUUGACUUGAAAAAAAAAUGUUUUCAAGUUGGAAGCAAAGAGUUUAAUAGAUUAAAAUGGUGUUUAGAAAAUACUCUGACAAGAAAUUUUAAUAUGGUAUUUUGUGCAACAGAUGCGUUGACAGGAACGACGGUCGAUAUUCAAUGGCCAACGAUGGUAUCAAAGAUUAGUAAAAAAGAAAUGAAGGCUGAAUUAGAAACGUUGAUGGAUAUAAAUAUACCUUCAUUUGAACCCAUUGCAUAUCCACUAAAUGAAAAAGCAGAUGAUUGGGAUAACUUGGCUAUGGAAGCCUUAGAAUGGCUCGGUUUAGCUCAUUUAAAAGCUAAUCGAAUUAAAAGGAAUGACAAAGUAGAUCCUUUUGUUUCUGUAUAUCAGCCACCAACACCUUCAAUUAAAAGUAAUAAUGGAACAUUAGUGAAGUUCAAAGGGUUAAUUCCAACAACAUGUAUUCAGAAUAUUAUGAUUAUUAUUAGAAAAAUGAUGAACUUAAACAUAACAUCUGAAUGGGUGUCUUUAAGCUGUUGGGGAUAUAAAGAUUCGCCAUUUACAUGGAAUAAUAUGGGCCAUUAUCAAUAUUUAAAUGGAGAAAAUGAUUAUACAUUUUUAUUAUUGCCAAACAAAAAAACAGCUUAUACAUAUCAACUAUACGGUUCACAUCAUGCUACAUUAUUGAAAUAAAUCAAAUGAAUAUGUUCCUCUUAUUAAAUACUUAAUUUAAACGUUUUCUCCAAAGUAUAAACUUCUU